AAUCCCCCUACGGCUGCUCCCAUUGGCCUGAAUCCACUGGCCGAGGCCGUGAUGGCCCUCUCCAUAUACCAAGCCGAGAAGACAGCGGUUUUCGUGGAUGAGACAGCGAAGAAAGAUCCAACAGAUCCAACGCUGAAGGCUUCGUUCACUGAGUGCCACAAGGCCUACUUAGCCGUGGUGGCUGAUCUCAAGAGCGCAAACGUGAAGCUCAAGCUAUCCCCGGACACGGCUCACUACGACGUUAGGGCUUCUAACGACAAAAUGAGACGGGUGGCGGGAUUGGUUGGUACAAACAGUGACACUGCUUCAACCACGCUCAAGGAAAUGACCAUGCAGAUGGAGAAACACAUAGAUCUUGCAGCUGGAGCCGCCGAUGCCGUGGACGACGAUGACGAGAACAUCCACCGUCGCGUCUGA